UGGUUAUAUGUAGGUGUUGUUUUUUUAAGGUUUUGCGUUUUAUUUUUUUUUUUUAUGAAUGUCAUUUCUCUUGACUUUGGGAAAGCCCUCAACUAAAUCUUUUUUCUUCACUGAGUAUACAAUUUGUGGAAGGCCAAUGCGGGAAUGUUUUAAUAUGUAAGAAAAGAAAAAUCGUUUUGUUUUCUCACUGAUGUCAGUUUACAUUUUGCCCAUUUAAAGAAGAAGAAGAUAUCAAAACAGAAUGAUUGACAUAGAAAGAAGAACAAUUCCUUGAACAAAUUUAGUCUUAGUUGCCCGCAAGAAUUUUGUUAAAUUUUAAUGUAAACCAGAAUCUUUUAAUUUAUUACAAUAAAAUAUGAGUGAACGUUCUCCAAAAAAGCCAAUAGAUUGCUUGGAAUGCCGUUUAAUUAGUGGUAUUGGAUCGAUAGGUGUUGGUUUAUACCUUUAUUAUCAAUCUUUGCAACGCAAACGUUUCGACAGAUAUACAAUCAAAAUUAUAUCUGCUGGUGCAGUUUUGGUGGGCUUAGCACGUUUAUUAAAUAUGGAAAUUUUAAAAACCCCAAGAAGUCAGCGCUAAGUUUUCGAAGAAUACAACUUCUUUGCGAAUGUCUAGUGGCCCCGCGGCGUCUAGUUGAUGCUGUAAAUCCUUCUGAUGUUUGCGAACAGCAUUGAAAAGCUGCA